CCUCUAGCUACCACACCUUUGAACAGGCUUCCCAACAUGCGGGAUACUCGUUGGACAGGAAAGGUCCUGAUGAACAGAUAUCAAAAGCACCCGUAUCCGAUCCACAUGCCUCCGGGGACAAGCCUUAAAAUCCCUGAUUAGACACCCGACAUUCGAACGCUCGUAUGCUGUCUAGCAACCCCUAUCCCCCCUAUCCACAACAUUGCCCCAAGAUCCGAUUGGCAUCAUGAGCCUCGUGCUUUCCAGCAGCUUGGUCAUCUAAAUAGACAUAAAACAGUGCAGGUGUCACAACCUCAAGCCACAACCUCGUAAAAGCCCCCGUGGUCAAAUGCUGUGUUAUCAUUACUCCCGUGCUGUGUCAUACGAAAUCACCAGAGAUAGUUCUCGUUCGUCUUUCAUUCACCUCAUCGACCAUACAAGCUCCUCGCCAUCGCCUAACCUUCCACAAUCCCCGUCACCCACACCACCAUCCUUAACCCUCAUGAACUCUAACCAACCAUACUCAACCAAAAUCCCAUUCCCAUACCAAGAAAGCCGAGUAUCUCAGCUCGAAUCCCUCACCCAACCAGGACACUCCCCAAACUCCCCCACCACCUCCCCCUCCCCCCUAUCUGCAGCCUCCAGCCCCUCCUCCCAGCUCUCCCUAAAUCUCUGCCCAAGCGCUUCAUACACCCCAGGCCACCCAGCCCUGACCGCAUUCCCCCCGUACCUCUUCGCCCCCUCCACCGCAAACUUCCCCUGCUGCCUCGCAAUAAACCCCUGCAGCAACCCCCCGUAAACCAAGCCCGCAACAACACUCUCGACACUGUCCACAUCCGGCUUCUUAUUCCCAAAAAUCAACCCCUCGGACGGCAUCAAGUACUUCGGCCCCCCCGGCGGAGGGACAAGUUCCCCAAAUCCGGCCCGAGUAUACCCCUCGAGCAAUCUCUGCACAUACGUCGCCGUAGUCACCACAUCCUCAAAAGCCAACGAAGCAGCCUUAUUACCCUCCCCCCCCUUCCCCCCCACCGCAUCAUCCAUCAUCCCCGACCUCAACAGAAACGUCUUCCUCGUCAGCGACCUCCAAAGCAAGGGCUUGAGACGAUACAGAAAAACCAGAUACAACCCUCUCUCCCACAACCACUCCCUCUUCCCCUCCAACGCCGCCCGAAACGCCACAAAAUUCCCCGACCUCACCGCCCGGCAUAUUGGGAGGAAAACCUCCCCAAACCCAGCCGCGUCCGGCCGGGAGAGGAGGUUCACCGACGGGAACCGGCCGCAGAGCAUGUUGGAGGGGAUCCACCAAGUGAGAAUCUGGCGCCGGUGUUUGAGAAAGGAGGUGUGGCACUGCCUGUAGGCCUCCUCGAGGCACAUGUGCGCGCGAAAGUAGUGCGCGUUGUCAAAGUUGAAGCGGCCGAGGUAGUAGAGGAAGGUUACCCUCUGCGAGGCCGGGUACAAGGCCAGGGCUGGGCCAGAGGUGGAGAGGUUGGUGAACAUUUGGACGGCGAGGUGAGAUUUUUCGCACUGAAUAUAAAAAAGGUCAGGAGCUACGGUGGGAAAAAAGAAAAUUAGGGGAGAAGGGGGAGCUUACGGCAAAGAGGAGUUUAAGAGUUAGAUUCGCAAAGAGAUAAACCGCCACCUUUUUCCCCUUUGGCGGCGCCCAUCUCGUGCUGGAGCGGUCACCCAGACAAGACGUGAAAAACUUUUGGAUAAUAUCCGCCGCCAUCUCAACAACCGACUUGCUCUCCCCGUCACCCGUCUCAUCCCCUUCUAUCAACGCUAGAACCUCCGGCUGUCUAGUCAGGCUCAUAACCAGCUUCGACAGGGAUUCCGACAAGGCCAUGCUCGUCGGAAGGAGCAUAACACCAUAGGUCGGAUUAGCAAGCGCGUUGGCGCAUGAUCUGUUGUCAUUUUCCAUCAGUUUCCUCUUCUUGAAACCACAAAAAAAAAGAAGAAAAAAGAAAAGAAAAAGGAUUACCGACAUCAACAGCUCACUGAGCCUAGUGUAAACAUUGACAACAUCGUCAAAGUUCACAUCGCGCCAGUACUCGAGGUAGUCCUUGAUGAAGGAAUUAAACCCCGGCCACGGCGACCCCUUCCCCUCUGGCACGUUAUCUUCCUCUGGAAGACAGUUGUCGACGAAUUUCUCGAGGGCGUCGCUCCCGUUGUCUGGAUAGUUUGAUCUGAUCUCGUGCGCCAGGUUGUAGUAUAUAUCCGGGACAUCGUUCUCGACCUGCAGCCAGUCUUUGAGGCUGGCGCCGUCUGCCUCGAGGGCAAAGCCGCGAAUCUUGGUCAGGAAUUGGAUUGCGAGACUCAUGAUGGGCGAUGAGGACGUGAGUUAGUAAGUGAGUGAAAGUGCUUUUGGGUGGCACUCAAGGCGCGACUUGGCGGUUCAUUGCUGCGUAGGCCACAUCAGUGUUGAAAAGUGGAAAAUAUUACAAGGUCGUGUGAUGGGUGUUUGUGGUUUGGGACAACAAUAGCAAUGAAUAUGGCUGAGUAGAUUCUAAGGCAGGGCGGUGGGAAUUAAACAAGUGAAUGAGAUCCACUCAGUUGAAAGACAAUGCAGGCCACGGCUGUCUGUGGCCAACCCUAACCCUGCUAUAUACACUUUUCCACGCCAACCAUUCCCGAGUGAUUCAUCACAUGCCGUUGGAUCAAUCCUUUCAUGACAGCAUUAUCAUCAUACUCAUACAGACUCGAUUCUCUGCACAACCAUCGCUGUCGCGGCACCUCCGCCGUUGCAGAUAGCCGCAACACCGUACUCACCGGGCUUCAGCUGGUGAAGCAAGGUGGUGAGAAUGCGCGAGCCCGAGCUGCCCAGCGCAUGGCCCAGCGAAAUCGCUCCACCAACAGGGUUCACCCUCGCACCCUCCAACCCCAGAAUCUACCUGGCCGUUAGUGGAACGCACGAACUCGUGGGGAUGGUUUAACAACGGGCUUCCUUACCUUCUCGUUAGCCUUGAUCACAGCGGCGAACGCCUCGUUGAACUCCCACACAGCCACCUGGUCCUUGGUGAUGCCAGCCCUUUCCAGAGCAAUGGGAACAGCCUUGGCCGGAGCGACAGGGAAAUCAAUGGGGUCCAGGGCAGCAUCGGCGGAGCUGACAAUGCGCGCGAGAACUCUUGAGCCGGAGCCGUACUGCUGCGCAAUCUCCUUGCUGCCAAGCACAAGGGCACUGGCACCAUCGUUGAGAGUCGACGAGUUCGCGGCAGUCACGGUGCCAGUUCCGUCACGGACGAAGGCGGGCUUGAGCGUGGGAACCUUGUCGAGCUUGAUAUCGAGAUACCCCUCAUCCUCGCCAACGAUGACGUCGCCCUUCUUGCCCUUGACAGUAACCGGCGCAAUCUCAUCAGCAAAGGCACCAGCCUUCCAGGCGGCCUGUGAUCUCUCGUAGGACUGGAUCGCAUAUUUAUCUUGCUCCUCGCGGGUGAGCUUGUACUUCUUCACCGUGUUCUCGGCGCAGUUGCCCAUGUGGAACUGGUCAUAGACGUCGGUAAGACCAUCCUUGAUGAGACCGUCCUCCAUCUUGACAUGACCAAACGGAGGCAGAUUGCUCGCGCGGGGCACGUAGUAUGGUACUCUCGACAUGUUCUCGAAGCCGCCGGCAACCUGAGCCUCGGCCAGACCCAGCUGGAUGUUUUGCGCCGCAAAUGCCACAGCCUUCAGACCAGAAGCGCAGACCUUGUUGAUGGUGAUAGCCUCGACGGAGGGAGGAAGUCCGGCAAAGAUGGCGGCCUGGCGCGCCGGGGCCUGCCCAACCGAGGCCUGGAGGACAUUGCCCAUGUAGACAUCGGUGAUCUUGUCGACGGGCACCUUUGACUUCUCGAUGGCAGACUUGAUGGCGACGGCGCCGAGCUGUGGCCCGCUAACAUUCAGGAAAGCGCCGUUGAACUGCACAAGCUCGUAUUAGAACGUCAUACGAGCAUCACCUGAAGCUUCGUAGCACACUCAUAAAGACAUACCUUUCCUGUUGGUGUGCGGGAAGCGCUCAAGAUGUAUGCGUCUCGAAUCUCCUUGCGAAGGCAAGCUUGUGAAGAAAACAGCCGAGCCGAGCCGCUUUUAAGUUGCGGCGACAGGCGUAGCGCCCUUGACAUCAUUGCCGUCAUGAUGGAUGUGGCAGAGAGUUCGCUCAACGGAAAGCUAAAUGCAAUGACUGACAAGACAAGAAGGCUAGACCAGGACCAGAGGCAACGAGGGGAAAAUCACUUGUGGACAAGACAUGAUCGGAAACGGUCGCCCUUCCCGAGGGCCAGCUUCUUUAAAGAGCACCGCCAGCACUGGCACACAUGCGGCACUCCUCGGCUUAUGACGGACUGACGGGAUGUGCACGGGGAGUUUUGCGGAGGUGGGGACUAUGAUGGAGGAGCCGGGGAAACAGCCCCGCCAUGGAGUUGGGGGUGCCGGGAUGCCUUAAAGCUUUGGAGAGUUCGUUGAGAUGUAACGGUUUGUUGCAGCGGCUGUCCUUUUGAUACUUUCAAGAAGCUAGGUAGACCGAAGAAGGCCAGGACCAAACAUGGGAAGCAUAAUCUACCAGAUGAAGCAGAGAGAAAACACCGAUCUACAGCGGCCUUUUCAGUGGCGCCGAAGACGCCCAGUUGGUGCUCUGGGUCUUUGAUCGCACGUGCCAAUGCCUUUUGUUAAGCAACGGUUCAAUUAUGAUUGGCCAGAGUCACCUAAAUGCACAUAGCUAAUCGAGAGCUUCUUCACUCUCCGCCGCCGGUUCCGCCCCCCAUCGCCGUUGACAUACCAUAAUCAACCCACUGCUGGACGCCCUGCCCACUGAUUUCUCACGCGCCGAGACAACCACAAGCUACCAUCAACUUUCCUUACCCAUCGCUGGAGACCCUCCUACCUACACCAUCGAGUGUCAUCCUGCGUCUUUCUGGAAAACAUGUCGACGGCAGCCCGCAGACGUCUCAUGCGAGACUUCAAGCGCAUGCAAACCGACCCUCCCGCUGGCGUUUCUGCUUCUCCGGUUCCAGACAAUGUGAUGACUUGGAAUGCCGUCAUUAUUGGACCCGCCGAUACUCCAUUCGAAGACGGAACCUUUAGACUCGUGAUGCAUUUCGAAGAACAGUAUCCCAACAAGCCGCCCUCGGUCAAGUUCAUCAGCCAGAUGUUCCAUCCCAACGUCUACGCCACCGGCGAACUCUGCUUGGAUAUCCUCCAGAAUCGCUGGAGUCCCACGUACGAUGUCGCGGCUGUUCUUACGAGUAUUCAAAGUUUGCUCAACGACCCGAACACGGGAUCCCCAGCGAACGUCGAAGCUUCCAAUUUGUACAAGGACAACCGUAAGGAGUACACGAAAAGAGUCAGGGAGACGGUGGAGAAGAGCUGGGAAGACUAAAGUCAUAGGUUGGUUAAUGGAAGUGGAUUGGACGAGCUGAACAGCAGCUGCCCCUACUGAUGCUCGAUAUAUUGGGGGCUGUUUUCAGCGGUGUCAUGGGAUUAGGACUACAAACCGGAGUUUGCGGUGUUUUUGGCCACCUUCGAGUGGGGAUUUGUGUGUUUUCAACAGCAUUCUGGCAGGCAAAGGCAUAUUCGUUUUGUCAGGCGUUUGGUUCGUGCAACAAAUAACUUGGUCUAUUGCUCGCAAGGGCGUGUGGUUGUCAAAGUGAGAGGGAGCUUGAUUUUGUUAGGGACUACAACAGGUUGGGAGGCAUAGGCAACGGCGGGGUUUGUACGGAGUUGGGCCCCGCACGCAUAUAAUCUGAUAUCAGUCUAAGCAACAAAGCCUACAAGCGGUGAUUUUAAGUGCCCUGGAACCAUUUGCUUCUCAUCGUUCUGGUAGAGGUACUCCAGAUGCCCACUCUUACUAGCUUCCCGAGACAAUGC